UUGUUUGCGGCGGUAUCCGAUACAAAACAUUCGAUAUCGUGGACAGGCAACGAAACAAACCUUUCGCUUGCCGUGUGUAAUUUUCGCUAUAUUUAACCUAUCUUUUAUCUCGUCUUGUCAGUGUUCGGUGGGAUUAGAUGAUAAGAUUAGUUAGUCGUUAUUGAAAGUGAUAAGUGUGCGGUUUUUGAUCAGACACCUCCAAGAGGUCAGGAAUCUGAGUCAGUCAGCAAGUAUCAUUUUGCCGAACGAGUUGUAUUUCUUUUUUUUACGGUGCUCGGUGUUUAGUAAGAUGAGUAAAAUGUUGAACGAAAUCUGUGAUAUGCUGGACGGAUAUACCGGCCGAGAUAAGAUCAUUCGCACACUAUGCUACACUACCAAGCUAGCGUCCGGCCUGUACGCCCAGUCGGAUCCAACGAGGGCGAAAAAGCUCGCUAUAUUUAGUUCCAAGAUGUCGCAAACCCGGGCCACACUACGACUUUUCGACGAUUUGCCCAUGCUGGCGUACAGUUUGAGUUAUGGAUCCGGCAGCAAGGAACCGGACCGCUGGAUGGGUUUGAUCGGCUUCGUCACGAACCUGAUCGAUCAUGCCUACUAUCCAGUGGACAAGAUCUGUUGGCUGAUCGAGCACAAUCUGCUGAACGUUGAAAACCCCACCCGUUGGGACACGAUCAAUUCUAUGCUCUGGGUCGCUUCGAUUUACCUCAAUCUCAUGAAGACCAUUCGAAGCUUCACCGUGAUGGAACAACAUAAAUCAUGUAUCGAUAAACAGGAGAACGAAAGCAGCCAAGCAUUCCGUAUGCUGCUGAUAAAGCAACGCAUGGAGGCCAUAUCGAUACUGCGGUUGUCGCUGGAUCUGAUCCAUGCCGGCAGCACUCUGCCGAAGGGUAUGCUUUGGGGCGGUCGUUUCCAAACUUGGCACGUAGGACUGAUCGGCAGCAUAUCGUCACUGCUGGGCCUCUACCAGUACGUUGCUAAGAAGCGAAUCGUUAAGCAGAGUUGCUAGUUGCUAACACAUUUGUUUCCGCACAAUUACAAACCUGCAUCACCCCCGGACGGUAGCAAGGUAUGCUGCUAGGCGUUAUUAGUGUAUUAUUGGGCCAAUCACAGAUCGGCUACUUAACGCGGGUCUUUCAUUGAAAGCUGAUAUUUUUGUUAUGAUAUGCUGUAAGCUUUUCUAUAGGAUUAUUGUAAAAAAGUAGCAAAUAAAAACUAGUCAGUAAUUUGACAUGUAAAUAAAGGAUCAAUCAUGCACAAACGAAAUGCAAUAAUGCGACACAA